AUGGCAACCAAUACUGUGCGUCUUCACCUCCCAAUUGUGACAUCAUAAGAACAUUCAACUCUGAAAAUUCUGUUCUGACAAGGGAUUGUGACAUCAUAAUUACUAUGAUGUUUGUUAAAACAGAAAACCACGCUGCCAUAGCAACACUAGCAACAAUGUAUCAUCACAAUACAGACUCAGAAAUGGAUUAAUAUGACACACAAUAGACCUGUUGCUAUGACAACUGAUGGGAAACUUACAGAGUAUGGCAGAGGCUCCAGAAGGGGGACAAAAUGUCCAUGGAGCAUUCCAAGGUCUUGCUGCGCUUGCCGAUGCGGCCAUGUUGAAUUCAAACUAUAACCCAAUUACAAAUGAAGUGGAAAGUGUAACAAAACAAGCAAAAGACAACCAGCCAAAAUCAUUGGAGGAUAUUUGUGGAAGCGCUGUGAAACAAGCUGUGACAAUUUUUCGAUUCAGUCAAAUUUGUCAGUUGCCUCUCCCUGGCAGAGUUGUGGACAAACUUUCUCAAUUAUGCUUGGAGAAUUUUCGCAUCAAUCCUGCGGAUCUCACGAAUAAACAUCACAGAGAUAAAACAUUUCCCGCAAUUUGCCUUUUUGAUCUCUCGAGAAUUGAGCUGAGACUCAUCAAUGGGCCGCCUAAUCCUGACUGUGUCAGUUUUCUCACCACCUUUGCGUGCAACGGAAUAAACUUCGAAGUUCAUAAAGAGGCAAGAAGGUUGGAUGAUAUGAUUCAUCGUGUGAAAACUCACUUCACCUUUUUCACCGAAGAAGAAAUCUGGUUCAUUGCAUUGAAAUUAUCACAGGCUACCAAAUCGUGCAACUCGCAGUCAACUAUCAAACCAGAAUGUGUAUUUUCACUGCCUGACAACACUCUCUUUCUACGAUUCCCUUCUGAACCAGAUCAAGAUACAGAAAUAAUGUCAGGAGUUGCAUUUUACGAAGCCCCGGAGGUUUUAAUGCAGCAGCCGCAAACGGAACAAUCCAGAAUGUGGUCAAUCGGGUGCAUCCUUUAUGAAAUUGCAGCUCUUGAGCCUGCUUAUUAUGAUCGUGAGAAAACCGGAAAUGCGAUGGCCCCUAUGAUGGAAAUCACACAGGGAACCCUCCCUCCUGAGCUGGAAAGAUAUUCCGAUGACCUGAAAAACCUGAUCAAGCAAUGUUUGAUCGUAAACCCUGAGACGCGACCAACAUUGGAUCAUACAAUUCAAUUCUCAAAAGAUAAACUGAAGGCCAUUGAAAUGAAAAGCCAAUAAAGAAACUGUUUCAAUUUUAGUAUCUUAGUUUUUAAACUACAAUUUCAAAUGCUUUCCAUAUUUGGAACAUUUCU